AACGCGAUAUUAUGAAAAUCGCGGUUAUUUAACAGAAAGUGCUGGUUACCUACAGUCUUUCUCACGGUUUACAUAUUAUCUGAAGACAUUUACAUGAUUCACUAUGCCUACACAAUUAGAUGAAAAAUCCGUGUCUAAUUUCGACAAGUUGGAGAGACCUUCAAUGCGAAAUGUUGCGUAUUCUGUUGCAAUGGACAGACUCUUUCAGGAUGUUCGCCACGGUGAACAUCCUGAAGGAAUUUCUCCCCUUGAAGCCGUUAAUCUAUAUCGGGAUAGUCUCUCAUUACACGAAAGGAAAGAAAUUUUGCGUUACGAUAAAAUUUUCUAUGUUGGCUGUACAGCUGAAAAACAUUCAGUUUCCAAUUGUUUUCAAUUUCCUGUACAAAAACCUACCAAUCACAUGAUAUCACAACAUUUCAAUGACAAAAUGAAUAAUGGUAGUAAUCAUAAUAUUAAUAGUAAUAUUAAUACUACUACUACUACUACUACUAAUAAUAAUAAUAAUAUUAAUAAUCAUAACAAUAAUUCAGACGACAAUCAAUCAAUGUUCAAUGAUUCCGAUAACUUUUAUCGUAUUAUUCAACAUGAUCAUAUUGCUUAUCGUUAUGAAAUAUUAUCUUUACUGGGGAAAGGAAGUUUUGGUCAAGUUGUCUCCGCCUAUGAUCAUAUGAAAGGCUGUAAAGUUGCCUUGAAGAUAAUUCGUACAGAACCACGUUUUACACGUCAGGCACGUGAAGAAAUCCGUAUUUUGGAGACACUAAGAGAUAUGCGUGAAUCCUAUGGAAAUGGUACAAAAAAUCGUUAUGAUUUUCCAGUUAUCCAUUUAUACGAGUAUUUUACAUUUCGUAAACAUAUUUGUAUGACAUUUGAACUACUCAAUAUCAACUUAUAUGAUCUGCUCAAGUUGAAUAAAUUUACCGGACUACCAAGAGAUCGUGUUCGACGAAUCUGUUUUCAAGUACUGAAAGCCUUACAAUUUAUUCAAAAGGCCGGGAUUAUACAUUGUGAUUUAAAACCAGAGAAUGUUCUACUCGUCUGGCCACAAUCACCAGAAAGUGAGAACAAUACGAGUACGACUACUACUCAUAAUAAUAAUAAUCAUAGUCACCAUUCCGGUUAUCAACAAAAGCACCAAAAUCAUUCAAACAAUAAGAGUAAUAAUGAUUCAGCGUCGAAUUUACGUUCAACUUAUUAUAGUGGUGCUGAACAAAAAGAUUAUGUAAAGCUGAUUGAUUUUGGAUCAAGUUGUUUUCGUAAAGGUCAACCUUAUCCAUAUAUUCAGUCAAGAUUUUAUCGUGCACCAGAAAUUCUACUUCGUUUAGGUUAUGAUGAAGCAAUUGAUACUUGGAGUUUUGGUUGUCUUAUCGCUGAAUUAAUCAAUGGCUUACCCUUAUUCCCCGGAGAAGAUGAAGCCGAUCAAAUGGCAUGCAUUAUGGAAGUCCUUGGUCUACCGCAUCCAUCAUUAUUACGUCAUUCAUCACAAAUCGAUCGUUACUUUAUUGAAUAUAAAUGUGAUAAACUGAAGCCAUCAGCGCUUGAGGCAUAUGAUAAAAUAGGUGUAAGAGUGAAUAAAGACUCUGUCUACCUACCACGUUAUUGUUCAAUACGUUAUUCAAUGGUUGACAAUUCACCACAACUGCUACCAGGUCUUUCAAAACGCGGUGGACAUGUUCGUGGUAUCCCUAAUAGUAUGCCACUACUACAAGCUAUUACUCAGUCAAGACUACGUCGUUAUAAGCGUAAAGAUACACGAAGUGUAAGUAAUCUAACAACAACAACAACAACAACAAUGAAUCAUAUAAGUGGUCAUAAAAUGUCUGAAGAAGAAGAAGCCUAUAUGGAUGAAGAUAACGAAUUGGUUGUCAAUCUGGUCGCUUCAUGUUUAUCUUGGUUACCAAAUGAAAGAAUCCAGUCAAACAAAGCAAUUGUUCAUUCAUGGUUCAAUCAUUUUUAUCAUAAUCAUAAAACCAAUAGUAAUAAUGGCAAUAAUGGUAAAUCUCACACAGGCUUUCGUUCACCUUUACGUGUACGAAGUAUGGAAGUGUCGAAAUUUGUUUCUUCAAAAUUUAUGAAUGAAUUAAACGAACGUCAAUUGAUUCAUGAUUACCGUAAUAGUCGUGAGUCUUUAGGCAAAGACGCCAUGAUGUUAAACAAGCCUGAAUUAGUAGGACCAGGAGCAGCAGGAGGAGGUGGUGGAGGAUUACGUAAUCAUGGUCAACAAAAAGCCUCACGAUUAAAUAUGAACACUAGUCAUUUGUUUAAUUUAGAUGUUACUGGGAAUAAUGCUUCUUUGAAUGAUUUAACAUCAGUGAGAAAUUCAUUUAUGAUUGAUGCACAGGUUAGUCCGAUCACUGCAGAAGAAGUUAAGUUAGCCCAACGUAAUUCACAAAUUACUAUUGUACCACGUGUACCUGUACAAAAUCAAACAGACCAAUCGGAUUAUUACAGUAAUACUGUAAGUCUAAUUGAUUCACCGAUAAUCACUUCAAUAAAAGAUUUGUCACAAUCGCUACUAACACAACCACCACAAACAGCGACAACAACAAUGUCGGCGACGAAACUAAAUCUAACAUCAUCUAGUUCCUCUUCAUCAUCACUGUCAGUGUCGUCUGCUGCAGUUCCUGCUACUGCUUCAGCUAGUGGACGAGUUACACUGGUUUAUUCAUCAAGUAAUAAUAACAAUAAUAAUAACAACAAAAAUGGCAAUAUUGAGUUGGGAAACAAUCGAGAUGGUCGAUUAUUGGCUGUGAAUGUUAUCACGACGACGAUGACGGCAGCGGUGCCAGCUACUAUUACUGCUACGAAUGCCAUGAAUGCUGUUGCAACGAGUAAUCAGAACACCACCAACAUCAACAACGCCUGUGAUGACAUAACCAUUUCUAACACAUAUAAUAGUUUAUUUAAACUGACUGAUAACACGACUGUCGGCGGUUAUAGAAGGAACAGUCCAAGUAGUCGGAGUAGCAGUAGUAGUAGCAGUACAAGUAGUGGGGCUGGAAGUUUUGAUGGAAUUAACUACACCAGUGUCAACGACAUUAAACAUAAGCACCAACAGUCAUCUUCACCGUUAUCUUUUCAUCCCCAUCAUAAUGCACAAGGGAUUCUCACCUCUUUGAAUGAUAAGAACUCUUCAGGUAACCUAUUAUUAAAAUCAUACCCGACAGGCUACACAAAACCUGAUACAAUCUAUCAGAGUAAAAUGAUCCUAGAUCGUAAUACCACUACUACCAAUCUGAAUGACACUAAUGGUAUCGGUAUUGUCAAACCAAUCUCAGGAUAUAUUGUAAAUACUUAUACUACUCAUGAUCCGAAUAAUAUAAGUAGUAUUAGUAGUAGUACUAAUCACAAAACGAAAAUAAUCACUGACACUGAACCAUCAUCGGAUACUCCAACAUUAUUGAUUACAACUGGUGGUGGGCAGUGUUGUUCAGCGUCUGAAUCAACUCCCCACUUACCAAAUCUAAUCAAAUUAAACGCCAACUAUGCGAAUUCACCAAUAUCUAAGAUAAUGAAUGCAUCAAACCGUUACUCGUAUUCAAAUCUACACCAGCCAUCAAUGCAAUCAACACUAGGAGCAUCAUUAUCAUCAUCACAGGUACAAGCACCGUUCAUCUCAUCGUUAAGGAUAGAUAAACCCUUGAAUAAUAGUAUGCAUAAUAUUGUGAAUAUAUCAAAAAUGAAGUUAUCCUAUGAUAAUCAAGAUGAUGAUCAAAGUGAUUUAUCGAUUAAUAAUGAUGGAGUGAAGAAACGCUAUUCUGUACCAUCACGUUCACGAUUAAUUGAUAUACCACAAAGUGAAUAUGAAAUACCAGUCACUGGUAAUAAUACUACUACUAAUAACAAUAAUAAUAAUAAUAGGGCUGGUAGCGUGAAUGACCGUUAUGCUAAACAAGAUCUUCAUUUUAUACCAGUGACAUCAAAUGCUUUCUCAUCGAUAACUUUGACCUCGAAUACCUUCUCUCCGUUGUCUAACACAGUGACAUUGUCGUCGUCACGUAACACAACCAUUUCAAAUGGUCCUGGUCUCUUGCACAAUUUCAAUACAAACAGCACACUAUUACACAAUAGUAAUAGUAACAAUAAUGCAUCGUGUAAAUAUCCGAGUGCACUUUCUUAUCAACGAGAAUCACACCAGAAUCAAUUCGGAGGAGGCAAUAGUUCACAGUACCCUCAAGAACAACCCCGUCGUUAUAUUGCUACGAAUCGAUUUUCUGGUGGUAAUUCAACUUCAAUUACGCCUAAUACUAUCACCAAUAUGAAUAAUAAUAAUAAUAAUAAUAACAAUAGUAAUUAUCGUAAAUUGUCGGAUUUGACUAAGCCUUCUAUGGAAUAUAUUAACGCCUAUGAUGAAGGUAAAAAUAACGAUAUUAUUGUAUACAAGAAUCUUGUGAAUGGUUAUCCCACACAAUCUGUUGACACUACAAUUACACUGCCAGAAAUUGCUCCAAAACCUUUAAAUCGUACAAAAAUGUUAUUGCUAAAUAAUAAUUAUAAUAAUAAUAAUGGUACUGCUAGUACUACUACUACUUAUAAUGAUAAUGGCAGUAGUAGUAAGAUAAUCUAUGAUACGUAUAAUUAUGAACAAAGUAAUCCUAUGAAAUGGCGUGGUAAUAAUUCAACUAAUCUAUAUGCUCCACAACCUUAUAGUCAACCGAAUAUGAGUGAAUCAUCCUCAUCGACUCACAGAAUGAUUACUCAACGUUUACCUCAACAUAAUAACAAUAAUAAUAAUAAUAAUAGCAAUAAUGGCAGUAUGAAUUGUGUUAACCAUACUAAUGGUUAUGUUGAUCAAGUUCAACCAUACUACGCACCAUAG